AUGACGGAAAUUGAAAGCUGGGACGAUGAUCCGGAUUUUGCAUCAGACGCUGACAAUGUCAGCCUGUUUGCUCAGUCCAUAGCCACUACCACUACAAGCGCCGACACUACUCCUGAUGAUGAUUUCUUUGAAGGUUCUCUUGGCAAGCUCAACUCUUUAUCCCUCAACCCUUCAUCCGAUUCUCCUCUACUUGACAAAUCAGUAAACACCAAAGUUCAUCAGCUGGGAAAGAAUAACGAUAAAGGAAAUUUUGAUGAAUACGAAGACGACUUUGAUUUUUCUCCAGAGGAAACCGACUCUGAGUUCCAGACUAUCCGACCGAGCCAUUUGUCUUCUGUAGACCAGAAUCAAACUAUUCGUGCUCCACAUCCGACUACCAUUCGACCAAGUGUACAUUCACUUGUCCCUGAAAAUGAUUACGAGCAACAUGCGGGUGCCUCUGCUAGAUCUUUUAGUCCUUCUAAUUCCGCUUUGUACGAUUUUGAUGAUUUCUCUUCCUUCGAAAGCGAUCUAGAAAUUGAUCCUGAUACCGAUCUUGCCGAUUUAUUGCAAAGAAAAAGUAAUAAUAUUGAUCCAAAAUCCUCCUUUUCUAGCGUUGAACAGUCGUCUCUUCGAACCCCUUCUUCUGCUAGAGGAGAAGAUGAUUUUUGGGAUGAUUUUGAACUUGAUCCGACAGAAGAGCCAGAAACUAUUUUCCGUAAAAAGGCUCCGGAACUCAGCACUGUCAAUCCAAAGCAUCCCUAUAUAUCCUCUACCAUUGCUUUUCAUCCAAAGGUUCCUCAGGAAACCAAAGCCUAUCCCAUGUGCAAAGAGAUUUUUCCUUCUCUAUCACAUGAACAAGAGGCAUCUGCCAACACCCCAAGUUCGUUAAAACAGCCUCCAAAAUUGCAAUCCAAGUAUUCUCAGAACGGCGUCCCUUACUCUCAUGACACAAUUCGACCUUCUCACGUCUCAUCCUCUUCAAAGAAAGGUUCACCAAGCUUUGCUACAUGGACCCCUUCUAAUUUGAAACAAGAGGCUCAGAGUUCCCAUAAUUUCUACUUAGACAUAAAUGAUUUGAAGUCGGCAGCAAAAACGAGUAAAUACAAAACUCGGCCUAGACAUGUGCGCAGAUAUGGUGAUGGAACCGAGUUAGACGGAUUAGACGAUUUACCUGUUAAUUAUGACUAUGAAAAUGGGUAUCAAGGCAGGCUUCAUCCUCCCGCGAGGAAUCAUUCACAUAAUCCUUCUCUUCAUUCAAGCCCCAGUCGUAACAAGAGAAAUGAGAACUUGUUAUCUAAUAUCACUAACAUUCAGAAAAGUGAUCCCCAUUACUACAAGGGAAACAAGGGAAACAGAAAAAAUACCGUUACUCCCUCAAAGGAAAUGACUUUGGAAGCUCUAUCUAAUGACCAAUUAAACUCCAAAACACUAAAAUAUUCCCAAAAAAAAAGAGAGCCUACUCUAAUAAAAAAUCUUAGUUCUCCUAAGACACCCAAGUUGGUUGGUAAAAUGCGAUAUAAUCCUGCAAAGCAAUGUUGGGAAGGUAAUGAUCAUGCUAUCAGAGACUUUGAUGCUCCCAUUUCUCCUUCUAAGCCGGCUCUUAUUUCAAACAUUUCGGCUAGGAAAGGUAUUCAAGUAGUGGGUAACAUGGUUUUUGAUCCGACUAGGUUUCGAUGGAUAAAUAAUGUUGAUGCAGUUGAAGAAGAGCCAGAUCCCUUUGCUGGUCUUGAUGAUUUAGAAAACGAAGACUCUGUUUCACAACUGGCGGACAAUACAAAUGACACUAUCAACAAGUCUAUAAACUCCCUUUACAGUCUUACAGACACGAGUGAAAUCUAUGAUGUCGGUCCAGAAUUCGAGAAGAAACAGUACACGGAAGAGAAGCUUUGGCGCAAAUGGGUAGAUGGCUGGUAUCUUUCUACGAAAAGGAACAACUUGAAGCGGCUUUGGGAAUUGUAUAAUAUAUUAAAUGCUGAGUAG